CCAGAAUGACUACUCCUAGAGCUGCCCCCAGCGGUUGCCGCUCAGACCUGGAUUCCAGGUACCACAGACUUUGUGACCUGGCGGAAGGCUGGGGCAUCGCCUUGGAAACACUGGCUGCAGUUGGGGCUGUGGCUACCUUGGCUUGCAUGUUCGCACUUGUUUUCCUCAUCUGCAAAGUGCAGGACUCCAACAAAAGAAAAAUGCUCCCCACCCAGUUCCUCUUCCUCUUGGGAGUGCUAGGGGUCUUUGGCCUCACCUUUGCCUUCAUCAUCAAGCUGGAUGGGGCCACAGGACCCACGCGCUUCUUCCUCUUCGGAGUCCUCUUCGCCAUCUGCUUCUCUUGCCUCCUGGCCCACGCUUUCAACUUGAUCAAGCUGGUCCGAGGGAGGAAGCCCCUGUCUUGGCUUGUGAUCCUCAGCCUGGCAGUGGGCUUCAGCCUGGUCCAGGACGUCAUCGCCAUUGAAUACCUGGUCCUCACCAUGAACAGAACCAACGUUAAUGUCUUUUCUGAGCUGCCUGCCCCUCGGCGCAAUGAGGACUUCGUCAUGCUACUCAUUUACGUGCUCGCCUUGAUGGUGCUGACCUUCUUCGCAUCCUUUUUGGUUUUCUGUGGAUCCUUCUCUGGCUGGAAGAGACACGGGUUCCACAUAUGCUUCACCUCGUUCCUCUCCAUCGCCAUCUGGGUGGCCUGGAUCGUUCUGCUCCUGAUUCCCGACAUUGACCGGAAAUGGGAUGAUACCAUUCUCAGCACAGCCUUGGUGGCCAACGGCUGGGUUUUCCUGGCGUUUUAUAUCUUGCCCGAGUUUCGACAGCUCCCGAGGCAACGGAGCCCCACCGAUUACCCAGUUGAAGAUGCUUUCUGUAAACCUCAGCUCAUGAAGCAGAGCUAUGGUGUAGAGAACAGAGCCUACUCCCAAGAGGAAAUCACCCAAGGUCUUGAGAUGGGGGACACACUCUAUGCACCUUAUUCUACCCAUUUUCAGCUGCAGAAUCACCAAAAGGAUUUCUCUAUCCCGAGGGCCCAGGCCCCGGCCAGUCCAUACAAUGACUACGAAGGGCGCAGAGGCGACAGCUAACUGUUGGCAAGAGUGGGACAACCAGAGGCAGGCAGCAGGUCCAGCCAGGAGUCCUGCUGAUGUGAACUGAACCCGGGGCAUCCUAGGGAAACUGUACAGAGAGGCUUGCAACCUGCCCAGCACACCGCUGCCUUGCCGGGGGCUGCUAAGCCUAACAGAGUGACUUCACAGAGCUCCAGGCUUUCAUUCGCCCCAUUCCUCGGACACUUCUGGGAGGUGGGAGUCUCGGCGACUCCGGGUGAGACUCUUGCCUCUCCCGGAAGUAUGAGCAGACCUCUGGUCAGCUGACUGCUCACUGUAUGGUCAUCCUUGGAAGCCAAUUCAUCUAACCCACGGUGGAGUCUAUGCGGGUUUGCUCCGCACCAAGCAGAACUGAAGACUUGGAUAAACCCAGAAAGGUCUGGGUCUCCCGCUUGUCCAUCUCACUGCACACUGGAAGCUAAUCUGGCCGCGCCCUCCAAGGCUUUCCUGCCUGGGGAGGGGUGGCUAAAGGACGCAUGUCUACCCUCAGUGCACUGCCCCACAGUGGCCUCCAAGUGCAGAAACCGAUUCCAAGGGCCACAUUUUCAUCCCAAUCACCUCCAAACUCACUGCCAACCCCAGGAGCUCUUUGGGACAUUACUGGAGUAGACAAGGUCUGUUUCUCUCUGCCAGGAGAAUUUGGGUUUUGUUCUCGCCAUAAAUUCCUGGCACUUGCUCCCCUCCCCCAUCCUCAGUAAUACACUCACCCUGACCUCCUGAUCUCCCUAAGUGUCUAUUCUUGGGGUGGGAUGCAUUUGUUAUGUGGUAAGUUAUUCACCUGGGUAUGCAAUAAAGAUGUGGUCACAACUAUUUUUUAAAUCUAAA